AUGUCCGCCUCCGGGGUGGAGAAGAGCAGCAAGAAAAAGACCGAGAAGAAACUUGCCGCUCGGGAAGAGGCGAAACUGUUGGCGGGCUUCAUGGGUGUCAUGAAUAACAUGCGAAAACAGAAAACUUUGUGUGAUGUUAUUCUCAUGGUCCAGGAAAGAAAGAUACCUGCUCACCGUGUUGUCCUUGCUGCAGCCAGUCAUUUUUUUAAUUUAAUGUUCACAACUAACAUGCUUGAGUCAAAGUCCUUUGAAGUAGAACUCAAAGAUGCCGAACCUGACAUUAUUGAACAACUUGUGGAAUUUGCUUAUACUGCUAGGAUUUCUGUGAAUAGCAACAAUGUGCAGUCUUUGUUGGAUGCAGCAAACCAGUACCAGAUUGAACCUGUGAAGAAAAUGUGUGUUGAUUUUUUGAAAGAACAAGUUGAUGCUUCAAAUUGUCUUGGUAUAAGCGUUCUAGCAGAGUGUCUAGACUGUCCUGAAUUGAAAGCCACUGCAGAUGACUUUAUUCAUCAGCAUUUCACUGAAGUUUACAAAACUGAUGAGUUUCUCCAACUGGAUGUUAAGCGAGUAACACAGCUCCUCAGCCAGGACACGCUGACUGUGCGGGCAGAGGAUCAGGUUUACGAUGCUGCAGUCAGGUGGCUGAAAUAUGAUGAGCCUAAUCGCCAGCCUUUUAUGGUUGAUAUCCUUGCUAAAGUCAGAUUUCCUCUUAUCUCAAAAAAUUUCUUAAGUAAAACUGUGCAAGCAGAGCCACUUAUUCAAGACAAUCCUGAAUGUCUUAAGAUGGUGAUAAGUGGAAUGAGGUAUCAUCUACUGUCUCCUGAGGAUCGGGAAGAACUGGUAGAUGGAACAAGGCCUCGAAGAAAGAAGCAUGAUUACCGCAUAGCUCUAUUUGGAGGCUCCCAACCACAGUCUUGUAGAUAUUUUAACCCAAAGGAUUAUAGUUGGACUGAUAUCCGAUGCCCCUUUGAAAAGCGAAGAGAUGCUGCAUGCGUGUUCUGGGACAACGUCGUGUACAUUUUGGGUGGCUCUCAGCUUUUCCCUAUAAAACGAAUGGACUGCUAUAAUGUCGUGAAGGACAGCUGGUAUUCUAAACUGGGCCCUCCAACACCUCGGGAUAGCCUUGCUGCCUGUGCUGCAGAAGGCAAAAUUUAUACUUCAGGAGGUUCUGAAGUAGGAAACUCUGCUCUGUAUUUAUUUGAGUGCUAUGAUACCAGAACGGAGAGCUGGCACACGAAGCCCAGCAUGCUGACUCAGCGCUGCAGCCACGGAAUGGUGGAAGCCAAUGGCCUGAUCUAUGUUUGUGGUGGAAGUUUAGGGAACAAUGUCUCUGGGAGAGUGCUGAACUCCUGUGAAGUGUACGAUCCCGCCACAGAAACGUGGACUGAACUGUGCCCAAUGAUUGAGGUCAGGAAGAACCAUGGCCUAGUCUUUGUAAAGGACAAGAUAUUUGCUGUUGGAGGUCAGAACGGUUUAGGUGGUCUGGACAAUGUGGAGUACUAUGAUAUUAAAUUAAACGAAUGGAAGAUGGUCUCGCCAAUGCCAUGGAAGGGUGUAACCGUGAAGUGUGCAGCAGUGGGCUCCAUCGUGUAUGUCUUGGCUGGUUUUCAAGGUGUGGGUCGAUUAGGACACAUCCUUGAAUAUAAUACUGAAACAGACAAAUGGAUCGCCAACUCCAAAGUCCGGGCCUUCCCUGUAACGAGCUGUUUGAUUUGUGUGGUUGACACGUGUGGAGCAAAUGAAGAGACUCUUGAAACAUGAAGAAAAGGCGGGCCUUCAGGAUUCAUCAGAGACUCAAAAUGUGGCCAUCAGUGCUGUGUUUCAAGAUUUUAGUUACAAAGUUUUGGUUUGGAAUUUUGUUUGUUUGUUUUUUAAGGAAGUUUAGAGUAAAAUAAGCUCUUUAUAAAAUGUGUUUGUUUUAUGUGGAUUUCCUUACUUGAAUAGAGCAUUUUAUUUUAGCUGGCCACAUAGCCAGGACAUAUUUAGCAAGAGAACUUGAAAAGUUUUCAACAUCUGGUAUAAAUUUGAAUUCUUGAAUGAG